AUGCGGCAAGGAGAUCGGGACCGCUCUCACAAUGGCAAAGACGUGAGUGGCAGGGACAAUUCUGACGGGAAAGGUCCCAUAGUGAAGACUUUGGCAGACGAAAAGGAGACGGAUCCCCAUCGAUUGGCGCAGCGCCAAAAGCAGAUCGACUAUGGUAAAAAUACGAUCGGCUAUGACCACUACUGUGCGCAAGUGCCGAGGCACCAGCGACGACCAGGCAAACACCCGAUGACUCCUGACAAGACCAGGCGUAUCGGCAAGAAGGUUUUCGAUGGGAUGGUGCGCAGAUGGCGCCAGAUGCUGCACAAGUACGACCCGCCCGAGUUGGCAGAGGUCAUUGGGACAGGAAAGGCUGAAAAUGCUGGUGCAACGGAUGCGAAGGUGGAUGAAGGAGAUGCGACGACGUGUAGCUCGGCAAGUACGGCAACAUCAGCUGAGCCAGAAAUGGCGAAAGAGGCGGUGGCGCCUCUUCCAAGUCGCUCCAUCUACGAGAACUUCGACGAUGACAAUUUUGACGAAGAGGCCGAAUCCGACGACGAUCUGCUGUAG